GAAUUUCGCAGCAAGUUGGCAGCGCUGUAACUCCAAGUUGUGUAAAAUAUAAACAAAACGACAAACACUAGCAUAAUGUUUGCGGGCCGUUUGCUCGCCCGUUGGAACCGCAAACCGGCAUGUUUGGCCACGAUUAAGAGCUGGCGAAUGCCCCAAGGACUGGCCAGCCAAGGGAAUUGGCCCAGAAACCCAGCGACAGCCACAAAUUCGAUUCAUUUCGAAGGACCCUUUGCAAGCCGGCGGUUCUUCAGCAGCCAAAUCGAGACGGAAUCCACCUUGGAUAGUGUCACAUACGAUCGAGUGUGCUCCGACACGCUGGAUGCCCUGAGCGACUAUUUUGAGGAGCUGACGGAGAAUGCCGCCGAGGAGCUACAGGGCAGCGAUGUGGCCUACGGCGAUGGCGUGCUCACCGUGAAAUUGGGUCAGCAGCACGGCACAUAUGUGAUCAACCGGCAGACUCCUAACAAGCAAAUCUGGCUCAGUUCACCCACCAGCGGCCCCAAGAGAUUUGAUUUCGUGGGCACCGUGGCGGCGGGCAGGUGGAUCUACAAGCACAGUGGUCAGUCGCUGCACGAACUGCUGCAGCAGGAGAUACCCGGCAUUCUGAAGGCACACACCGUGGACUUCCUGCAAUUGCCCUACUGUAGAUGAACCACGAUGGGUUCCAUUUCCUCCUCUAUAAAAAGUCUGUUAAAGCGUUCGAUUUGAUAAAUUUGUUUUGAAGUCA